AUGUCGUUUUCCUCUCAACCUGGAUGUUCAGCAACGCAAAAUCCGGUUCGAAAACUGAACUUGUCCGUACACGAUGGGGCUUUAAAAUCAAAGGCUUAUCAUCCCAAAGCUCUAAGCAACUCGCUUCAUCCCUCUACUGUUGCGGCUCCUAGUUUUGCAUCUUCGGAGUCCUCUGCAUUUCAACGUUGGAAAGAUUUCAGUCAGUCAUCUAAUCAAAAUCAGCAUUUUUCACGAUUUAAUGAUACCGCAAAGAGUUCUCCUUUGGCUCUAAAUUCAGAUUUGUCUGAAGAGUUUUCAGCCUAUAAAAAUCGACAAAGUCAAAACUCCGAAGCACAAUGGUGUUCUGAAUUUCAUCAGCAGCUACCGUCCGGAGUCAAUAGUGAUGCCAUAAAGCCAAGAAAUGAACUGGUAGAUACCGUGCCGAUUCCUUUUUCAUCGCCUCAUUUGCCUUUGUUUGCACCCUCAACUCAAUCUACUUUGGAAACUGCUCAAGUCGAUGAAAACGAGUUCAUGGAACAAUUUAAUAACGCGUCCUUACAAUUGAUCAAUUCAGAGAAUGAGAAGCUUAAACAACCCUCUCAAGCGCCAUUGACCUUGGAACAGCUGUGGACAGACAGGUUGACCACUCUACGAGCAAAUGGCCUUGAUCCGAAGUCACUUGAAGAUUAUCAAGCACGCUGGGAAGAGUUGUAUGCAGAAGCAAAGGUAAGAUUUCCUUACUUAACUGAGAAAAACGAACAGCUGAAUAAUUUUACAAAUGACGAAAGUACGUCAAACCAGUAUGCUUCCUCACAAGCUACAAAUACGCAGGGAACGGAUAUACCGGAAGUUUCGUAUACAAAUAUAAACAAGGAAGAUGAUCUCGCAAAAGAGGACGUAUUUAGUGACGAACAAUUUGACUCCAAUUUAAAAAAAAUAGAAACACUUCCCUUUCUAGAGAAUGUUUAUGAGAAAGCUCAAAUGUUAAUAAAGAACAACGGUUCAAUUUGCGAAGCCGCAGUUUUACUUGAAAAAUCUAUUUUGCAAAAUCCUUCACAUUUAGAAACUUGGCAGUCUCUUGCAUAUGUUCAUACCUUGCUAGGCAACGAAAGCCGAGUUGUCGAAUCUUUAAUAGAAACGAAAAAUUUGGGUUCUAAUCAAGCCAACACUGAAAUGGAUUUGGCAGUAGCAUAUGUAAACCAGGGUUUGCGAGAAAAUGCUUUAGCAUGUUUGCGCGACUGGCUUUAUACGUCUCAUCCUGAAUAUUCUAGCCGUUUUUCCAGUAUAGAGCACAAGUUUGAAAGAUUGAAAGCUCCUGAUAAUACAAAAGCUGUUCAAGCUUGCUUUCUUGACUUGAUAUAUUUAUUAUUAACAUCCAAGAAAGCUGAUGACAAGGCUCAGACCGGAUUGGGAAUUACCAUGUAUCUUUUGGAGGAUUUCUCAAAAGCGGCUGAUUGCUUUCAGAAAGCGGCCCAAAGCGAUCCCAGAAACUGUGUUUUGUGGAAUAAAUUGGGAGCCUCGUUAACAAAUUCAAAUCAAGAAGGAAAGGCAUUACAAGCUUACAAGCGUUCGUUGGAGCUACAGCCUCAGUAUGUUCGCACACGGUCCAACCUUUCCAUAUCAUGUAUAAAUAUGAGUUGUUAUGAGGAAGCAGCAGAACAUAUCUUAGAUGCAGUUGAUAUUGUUCAAGACAAACAUGGAGUGUUAACUCGCUGUGAAUCUAGCACUGAACUCUGGGAUAUGCUACGGAAGGUACUACUCGUGGGAUACCAAAGCAUGAGCUUGGCUUCACUGGCAAAACCGGGAUCUAGUACGAGCGAACUAAGAAAUAAAAUAGAAUCCUUUACAGGAGAGGACGAAUACUAUUAA